GGAGGCGGAACACGCUGCGCCCGCGCAUCGGAGCACGUCGGUCGUCCACAUGUCACGCUCGCGCGACACGCGACUGACGUCCGGAAGUAACGCGCUGACGCUGAAGUGGCGGGCUAACGCUGGUGUCACGUCUGACGCUGACGCGAAGAGCGAGAGAUUCUAGGCACGUCGUCAAGGCAUGGUGUUGUGAUUGUGAGUGAUACGAUGUUGGGCGCCAUGGACGGCAAAGAGUACGGCGCGCUGCAUGCUGCCGCCGCCGCCGCUGGGUACACUAUGGACGCCGAUCCGAGUGGUGGGGCAAUGGGCAAUGCUGGUAUGGGCGGCCCAGGCACUCAGCAAUACGGGGAAGUCAACCAACUGGGCGGUGUGUUCGUCAACGGGCGACCGCUUCCCAACGCUGUCAGAUUGAGGAUUGUGGAACUGGCACAAUUGGGCAUCAGGCCGUGUGACAUCAGCCGUCAGCUGCGCGUCUCCCACGGCUGCGUCUCCAAGAUUCUUGCGCGCUACCAUGAGACCGGCUCCAUCCUGCCCGGCGCCAUCGGUGGCUCCAAGCCCAGGGUUACUACGCCCAAGGUGGUAUCCUACAUCAAGCAGCUGAAAGCGAAAGACCCUGGUAUCUUCGCGUGGGAGAUCCGCGACCGGCUGCUGGCGGACGGCGUGUGUGACAAAUACAACGUGCCCUCUGUGUCUAGCAUCAGUCGCAUUCUGCGCAACAAGCUCGGCGGUGGCGCUCUCUACCCUGUUCCCCCGUUAUACCCCGUGCCUCCACAGCGCUGCUGGCCGCUGCACCAGCCGUACGACUACUAUGUCUAUUUGCAGGGUCGACAGCACGCCGCCGCGCCACCGCACGCUCUACCCCACCAUCCACACCAGCCGCCGCCCUCACACGCGCACGCGCAUGCGCUCUGACACGCACGCGCAGCCACGCGCUGCUACUAGUAUGGAAUAUUUGAAGUCAUUACUAAAGGAAAAACAACUAUAAUGCAAAUACAUAAGAACUAGAAUUCACUGAAGAAACAUUAAAGAAAUAAAUUCACUUCCCAAUUAUGAUCGAAUACGAAACUAGUACAAAUUAGUACACAAGAGUGCUAGUCAGAGUUUAAGAGACAAAUGGAGAACAUGUGAUACUCUUGAACCCAAGUGCAGGAAUAUGCUAUCAGUAGUAUGCAACUUUGAAGUUGCAACUCAAAGAAUAAAGUGAACUCUCCUAUGGUCGACCUCGUCUACAACUAGUAUGGAACUUUGAACUUACAAUUGAAGAAUAUGGAAAUAACGCGAAACUUUGAAUGGAUUUUCGAACUCAGUUCAAAGAAUUUAUGUGUUAUGAAAUUAUAUUUACCUAAG